AUGGGUCUGUGGCCCGAAGGUGACAACACCUACAAACCCGGAAUCUACAUGGUAUACUCUUCAAUCACAAUAUCGCUUUUCGUCAUUGGCCACAUAUUCUUCCAAAUGGUAAAUGUGUAUUUUAUCGCCCACGACCUGGAGUCAAUAGUUGGCACUUCUUACCUCCUACUUAUCGAAAUUCUGGCAGCAGUGAAAGCCUACUACUUAAUCAAAAACAUAACAAUACUCAAAGAACGAAUUAUCACUUUUAAUAGCGACUGGUUUCAACCAAGAAACACCCAUCAGAGAAAUCUUAUCGAACCGGCGAUUUAUUUUUGGCAGUUGGUUUUUAAAAUGUGUGUGUGCAUGUCUUUUGGAUGUAACGCCUUCUGGGCAAUUUUUCCGAUGAUAGAUAAACCCGAAGAAAGAAGAUUACCAUUUCUGGGGUGGUACCCAUACGACUAUAAAAAAUCGCCGUAUUAUGAAAUCACGUACUUGUAUCAGGUGACAGGUAUUUGUGUGUAUACUUCUUGUCAGUUUGAUAUGUUGGCAGAUAAUAUUAGAAAUCUCGCAAAUGUGGAUGAGAGUUUCACUGAUAGUGUGCACCACAAUAUGCUCAAGUGUGUAGAACACCACAAAAAUAGUUUAAGUUUUAUCGAAAAAUCGACGAAAUUUUUUAGUUGGAUUUUGUUCUGGCAUCUUCUGUUUAGUGGUGUUUCCAUUGGAAUAACUAUGUUCCAACUAACAAUGGUUGUCCCUCUGUCCAACGAAUUUUAUUCGCUCGUUUCGUAUAUUCUUGCCAUAACACUGCAAAUAUUUAUGUACUGUUGGUUUGGUGAGGAGGUGCAAGCUAAGAGCAGCAAACUUUCGUAUGCCGUUUUUGAAUCUGACUGGAUGGAUCUGUCUGAAGAGAUUAAAAAGAAAUUGCUUUUUUUUGGAAUGCAUUUGAAGCCUGUUCGAAUAUCUGCUUUGAACGUGUUUUAUCUGUCAUUGGAUACAUAUAUGGGGAUUAUGAAAACUGCUUGGUCAUAUUUUGCUCUUUUGUAUCAAGUGUCGUCGCCAACCUAA